AUGACCUUUGACGUGAAGAUACAACACGUCGAGAGUAUUGAAAUUGUGAAUCUGCUGCAACACUACUCGGAUCCAGAGGUGAAUGUCAUGCCAGUGAUGCAGGCUAUAGAUGUCGUUACGCGUCACCAGGCCUCCCAGAGCAUGAGUCGUGUGGGACGAGCGUUAUACACCAUGAUAAACACUCACACACUGCAAGGCGGCAGGGAACUGUGCUUGGUAUAUCAUCAGGCCGUUCGCAAGGCAACCGAAACUCUGGUUCUGAAUCUGAACGAAACUUCUGCAGUAUUUUACGCUCCUGGGCCGCUGAUGCAAAUGGCGUUGGCAGCUCUGCGUAUCAGCAACCCAAGAAGCAUCCGAAACUUGACGGACAAGCAAUUAAAGUCUCUCUCACAUACGCUACCAAAGGUGGAAGCGACGACAACGCACCGUAAUGACCGAUCCUGUUCACGGACAUCGGCCACGAAGUUUCUCAAGUUUCAGCUAAACGAUGUGUUGUUCUAUUCAUGA